CCUGUCCCCAAGUCGGAACCAAAGCGCCGCGGGGUGGUUUCCACCCGGGGCGGCCUGAGGAAGGGACGGCCCUUUUCGCUGCGCAGGGGCGAGCGGCGUGGAGUGAGCGUGACGUGCGGCCGCCGCCAUGCCGCAGAACGAGCACAUCGAGCUGCACCGCAAGCGGUACGGCUAUCGGCUGGACUACCAUGAGAGAAAGAGGAAGAAGGAAGGGCGCGAGGCUCACGAGCGCUCCAGGAAGGCCAAGAAGAUGAUCGGGCUGAAGGCCAAGCUGUAUCACAAGCAGCGCCACGCCGAGAAGAUCCAGAUGAAAAAGACAAUUAAGAUGCAUGAGAAGAGAAAUACAAAGGAAAAGAAUGAGGAAAAAACACCUAAAGGAGCUGUACCAGCAUACCUGCUAGACAGAGAGGGCCAGUCCCGGGCUAAGGUUCUCUCUAACAUGAUCAAACAGAAACGAAAAGAAAAAGCUGGGAAAUGGGAGGUUCCCUUGCCAAAGGUCCGAGCACAGGGAGAAACAGAAGUUUUAAAGGUGAUUCGUACAGGAAAGAGAAAGAAGAAGGCCUGGAAGAGAAUGGUUACAAAAGUUUGUUUUGUUGGAGAUGGCUUUACUAGGAAACCUCCUAAGUAUGAACGAUUCAUUCGACCAAUGGGCUUACGUUUCAAGAAGGCACACGUGACACAUCCUGAACUUAAAGCUACUUUUUGCCUGCCUAUCCUUGGUGUAAAAAAGAAUCCUUCUUCUCCUCUGUAUACAAGUUUGGGUGUGAUUACCAAAGGUACUGUCAUUGAAGUGAAUGUGAGCGAACUGGGCCUCGUGACACAAGGGGGCAAAGUCAUUUGGGGAAAAUAUGCUCAAGUAACAAACAAUCCAGAAAAUGAUGGCUGUAUUAAUGCAGUUCUGCUCGUCUAAAUUGUUUGAUAGUACACAUUGGACACUGCCUUCCACAAAAUCAGUGGAGUUUCAACAAUUUUGGAAGAUCUCUGGAACCUUCAAUCAGUCAGGCAUGCUGACCCCUUAAGUGUGCCAGAAAAGACUGUUCAGAUUUUUAUAUUUAAAAUCUGUUUAUCUGACCAUUGUCUGAAUAAAGAGAUUCAAUUUUUA